GCCUCUCUGCCCCGCCCUCCCUGGCAGCCCUGCCCGGCUCUGAGGUGGCCUCAGGACAGAACGUGACCCUGUAGUGUCGGUCAGAGAGAUAUCAUGACAUGUUCGCCCUGUGCAAGGAUGGAGAAGAGAUCAGCCGGGGCAGGACCCGGAGCCAUGGAUGGGGGCAUCAGGCUGACUUCUUCUUCCCUGCUGUGACUCCGACCCAGGAUGGCACUUACCGAUGCUUCGGCUUUUAUAGUUCUUCCCCCUCUCUGUGGUCCUCCCCCAGCGCCCCCCUGCUGCUCCGGGUCUCAGGGACCUUCUCUCCAAGCCCUGAGUCUGAAGACAGGCCCUCCGAUGCUGCUGCCCUGGAUUACACUGUGGGCAACCUGGUCCGCCUCACCUUGUCUGGGCUGGUCCUCGUCCUCCUGGGGGUCCUGCUGGCUGAGCACUGGAAAAGCUCCAGAGAACAACCCAUUCAGGGAGUCCUUGGCUGAGCCCUCCGGCCAGAGCAGCCGCCGAGACAGAGGAAGGAAUGAUCAAAGCCAUUUAAAAACAUGUUAAAACUUUGUGAGGGCUGCCUCUGUGCCGGGUCUCUAUUAAGCACCGAGAUGGAGUUAUUAAAAGGCUUAGAGAUGGAGAAAGAAAGAUGAGAGAGAAUUUCCUGCUCUCAGCACAACCUAAACAGAGGAGGGUCUUUUCCUUUGUGGAAGGAAACCCUUGACAGAAGCCCAGGGCAGGGAAAGGGGGGAAGAUGGUGUGAAGAAUCCACAAAGCCUCCUAUUGGAGGUAACCCUGAGGCUUCCUCUGCUUCCAGGGCUGAGAGUUGUUCAUCUAUUUGCAAAGUCACUGAUGAGAAUCAAGGAAUUCCCAAUACAAGAGAUUGUCCAAAGUAACAACAUCUGUUUCCACACAGAUAAUACAGGAUUCUGGGAAAGGAUGUUCAGACCUAAUUUUUCUGAUUCUAAAAAUGAAGCACAAAAUGUAAAUCUUAUUCCUGCACUUUGUGACAUUGUACAUAUUCCAUCCGUCUUCCUUGUACUGUAACCUGCCUCUCAGACCCCUCCAAGCUGUCACAGGUGUGUGAGAACUGCUUGUAUGUGACCUCUGGAAAGCUGGGAGAGAAGCAGCAGCCUGCUUACCCCUACGGUGGCUGGGAAGAUGUGCCCCUUUGUAGAAAGAAUUAAAAUCAGUUUGUUUCUUUAUACUUUGGUACUUUUUGCCUUGAUCCUUUAGCCCCAAAUAAAUUAAAGGUUUCAGCCGAUAUCAAUCUUGUCAAUUAUUGGAGUCAGCCUUAACAAGAAAUUCCUUUUGCCUCCAUAUCUUGCUUUCACUGUUCCUCAACAAUUGUUUGGGAACAACGUUGACCACAUUUUCAUAAUUUUCAACAUAUAUUAUUUCUGAACUCUGUAGAAUUAAAUGGUUCCUGGCCUCCAAGAACUUAAAAUCUUUCCAUUUAGAAAGUGUCUAUACAGGAAAGAACAAAGACAAAUAAUUUCAUUGUGGGGUGGUGAUGGGGAGGGGCACAAGGUAGUAAAAGAAAAGAUAGUUGUGCAGUAUUAUUUCAUAAUGUACAGUGUGCUAAAUUGUUACUGUAUUGAAUAUUAGUAUAGUAUUAUUGUAUACUUAAUUUAUCAAUUAAAAUUAUUUUUUAUCU